AUGGAGACGUGGAGUUGGUACAAUAUGUACCUGGUGUGGUUGGCCGGGUUUGGCAUCUUUGCGAGUGCAUACAACAUGGCUAUCAUAUCGAGCACAUUGGGACAGCCAACGUUCUACGAGUACCUGGACCUGACCAUGGGCACGUCCCACACCACGUCCGUGACCUCGACCGCCAACGCUCUGUACUUUCUCGGCUCGUUCGUCAGCUGCUGCAUCAUCACGGCCAUUGGAGACAGGAUAGGGCGGAAGAAGACAAUGUGGAUAUCUCUGUUCUUUAUCAUCAUCGGCAGCGCCUUGCAGACCGGGACCCGCAACGUGGCCAUGUACCAGGUCUCUCGCGUCAUCACCGGCAUGGGUACCGGAUCGCUCUUCUCCACCGUCCCGGUGUACCAGUCAGAGAUAUCCCCGCCGCACUUCCGCGGAUUUCUCGUCGGCCAAGCGGGCGUGUUCUCCGCCGGGGGCUACUCGUUGGCGUCGUGGGUCGGAUACGGGUGCUUCUUCGCCAGCGACAAAGGCACCUUUGGCUUUCGAUUCCCCAUAUCCGUUGGCUGCAUGUUGGCUGUGGUGAUGCUGGGGUUGUCGUUCAUCAUCCCCGAGUCCCCUCGUUGGUUGAUCGAGCACGGCUACGAGGAUGAAGGGAUCCGUCUCCUGUCACGACUGCACCCAGACCGCGACGCGGCAAGCAGCGACCACUUUGCGCGACUGGAAGCCGUCGAGAUCAAGAAACAGUACGAACUCGACGAGGCGAUCCGGCGAAAGGAAGGGAAAUUCGGCAUCGUCACGCGAAAGUCGAACCUCAAACGCCUGUUCUUCUCGUCCUUCAUCCUCUGGAGUUCGCAGGCCAUGGGCAUCCUGGUCAUCAACAACUACAGCGUCCAGCUGUACAACGCGCUCGGAUACACCGGGAGCCGCGCACUGCUGUUGGGCGCCGGAUGGAUUUCGGUCACGAUCCCCUUCAACGCCGUCGCGCCGUUCUUGAUCGAUCGUCUGGGUCGGAAGAUCAUGUUCCUGAUCGGAUCGUUUCUGCUCUGCGUCUGCGUCGCCGGGGAAGGGGCUUUGUUGAAGAAGUUCACCGACACGGGCAACGAUUCAUAUGCCCGAGGAGCCAUUUUCUUCCUCUACUUCUUCGCUUUUAGCUACGGCACAUUCAUCGAUGCCUCGUCCUGGGUCUACGCUGCCGAGAUCUGGCCUAACCACAACCGCGGCACGGGCAACGGCAUCGCCUUCGCUGCGUGCUACGCGUCCACCAUCUGCUGGACGCAGUCGGCGCCGAUCGGCUUCGAGAACAUUGGCUGGAAAUUCUACAUGGUCUUUGUGGCCAACUCGAUUCUGUGCUUCGUCGUCGUCCUCUUGUUUUAUCCCGAGACGCGCAACCUCCCGCUCGAAGAGAUCCCGAAACUGUUCGGCGACGAGAUCGCGUAUGAGGACAUCAAUCUCGCCGAGACCACGGGUGACAAGGUCCUAGCACCGGAGGUGCUCACAGAGCAGCCAAAGUCGCUUGAUGCGUGA